UUUGGAGACUAUGUGGAUAUCUUCAAAGGAAUCCCUUUUGCAGCACCUACAAAGACCCUAGAAGACCCCCAGCCACAUCCUGGCUGGCCAGGCACACUGCAGGCAAAGGAGUAUAAGAAACGUUGCAUGCAGUCCACUCUCAGGCAGACAGAUGUUCGUGGUAGUGAGGAUUGCCUUUACCUGAACAUUUGGGUUCCCCAAGAGAAGAAAUCUGUCUCCACCAACUUGCCAGUGAUGAUCUGGAUUUAUGGAGGAGCUUUCCUCUGGGGAGGUGGCCAGGGUGCCAACUUCUUUGAGAACUACCUCUAUGACGGAGAGGAGAUCGCUACCCGUGGGAAGGUCAUCGUGGUCACCUUUAACUAUCGUGUUGGACCCCUGGGUUUCCUCAGUACGGGAGAUGCCAGUCUUCCAGGCAAUUAUGGUCUUAAAGACCAGCACAUGGCCAUUGCUUGGGUCAAGAGAAACAUCAAAAACUUUGGAGGAGACCCUGACAACAUCACAAUCUUUGGAGAGUCUGCUGGGGCUGUUAGUGUCUCCUUACAGAUACUAUCACCAUACAACAAAGGAUUGAUCAAACGGGCUAUCAGUCAGAGCGGAGUUAGUCUCUGCCCAUGGGCAGUUCAGAAAGAUCCUCUCUUCUGGGCUACCAAGGUAGCACAGAAUGUGGGCUGCCCCACAGACAACACCACCACCAUGGCAAACUGCCUGAAGGUCACUGAUCCUGCAGCUCUGACCCUCGGCUACCACCUCGAUGUCAUCAACCUCCGCUAUCCCCUUGUCCAUUAUCUUGCUUUCUCCCCUGUGGUGGAUGGUGAUUUCCUCCCAGAUGUGCCAGAGAAUCUCUUUGCCAAUGCUGCCGACAUCGACUACAUUGCUGGGGUGAAUAAUAUGGAUGCACACUUCUUUGCCUCCCUCGACAUGCCUGCUCUUAACCGUCCGCUUGUGAAGAUCACAGCGGAAGAAGUAUAUAAUAUUGUUCGGGGGCUGACUCUGGUAAAGGGGGAAGAGGGAGCAAAACAGACCUUCUCCCUGUAUACUCAGAUGUGGACAGACAAUGUGAACCAAGAAGUCAUGAAAAGAACUGUGAUCGAUCUGGAGACAGACUACGUCUUUCUGAUUCCCACCCAGCAGACCCUUGCUUUACAUUCCCUACAUGCCAAGAGUGGCAAGACCUACAGCUAUGUGUUCUCCCAGCCAUCUCGACUGUUGGCCUACCCCAGCUGGGUCGGGGCAGACCAUGCUGAUGACAUUCAGUACGUCUUUGGGAAACCUUUUGCCACACCCUUGGGAUACCGGCCCCAGGACAGAACUGUUUCCAAGGCCAUGAUUGCUUACUGGACAAACUUUGCCCGGACAGGUGACCCAAACAAAGGGGAAUCAUCAGUACCAAUUGGCUGGGUUGCCUAUGAUACUCAGCAGGGCUACUACCUGGAGAUCAACAAGGACAUCAACUAUGAUUCAGUAAAACACGGCCUGCGCAGUCAAUUCGUUCAGUUCUGGAGCACGUCUUACCUCAAGCUUCCAGAUGUCGUCGUUACCAUGGACCUAAAGUAGAAACAGUGUCCAGAAGUCAGACACUGAAUAAACUGAA